CAACUGUCACUGUUCGUCAUCAACGAUUUGUCACUACUUUAUCAGUUGAUUGUGUAUCUCAUUUUGAGCUAAAAAUAUAUGGAAAAACCCUUGCUUUGUCGAAAGUAAUAUAUACAAAAGAUUCCGAAAAGAUAGUAGAAACCUAAACAAUGUCUAAAUUCGAGGAUAAUCCAUUUGGGGACCCUACCAUAGACAACCCAUUUGCCGACCCUGCCGUCCAGCAAGUUGCGAGAAGUACGAACAAUGCGACACAAGGUCUCGACGAUUACAAUCCCUUCGAUGGGCAGCCUAGUCCAAAUCAACCCACGGCCCAACAACCACCACAGCCAGCGAUUAUGCAGGCAGUGUCGCCGCCCACAAACACACAGUUUGUUGGAGGCGGCAACCGGCCAUCGCAGCAGCAGCCACAAGGGCCGCCCAAUAAUAACCUCACUGCAGACCUUUUGAGGCGGCAAGAAGAAUUAGAACGUAAAGCGGAGGAGCUCGCCAGGCGCGAGGCGGAGCUCCGGGCCGGGUCCGCCGGCAGACGGAACAACUGGCCGCCGUUACCCGGCUUCUGUCCCGUACAACCGUGCUUCUACCAGGACAUAAAUGUGGACAUACCGCUCGAGUUCCAGAGGAUCGUGCGGCACCUGUACCACCUGUGGAUGUUCCACGCGCUGAUCCUCGCCCUGAACAUCCUCGGUGCGAUGUGUCUCAUGUUCGCCGGCGAAGGCUUCACGGUCUUCGGUCUGGCCAUCCUCUACUUCGUGCUACUGACUCCCUUCAGCUUCGUCUGCUGGUACCGGCCCAUCUACAAGGCGUUCAGGAGCGACUCCUCCUUCAACUUUAUGGUGUACUUCUUCAUAUUCCUGUUCCAAAUCAUCAUUGCUGUGGUGCAGAGUGUUGGGUUCAAUGGAAGCGGUUAUUGCGGUUUGAUCACCAGCAUCGCCAUAUUCCAGACGAACAUCGGGGUCGGUAUCAUCACUAUACUGAUCACCAUCGGCUUCAUAACUUCUGCCGUGGCCGAUGUCAUGCUUAUGGCUAAGGUGCACCGCAUAUACCGAUCAACGGGAGCGUCGCUCGCCAAGGCGCAGACGGAGUUCACGACGGAGAUCCUCCGCAACCCGCACGUGCAGACCGCCGCGUCCAGCGCGGCCGCCGCCGCCGUCAACGCGCAGAUCGCGCAGGCCAACCGCUACUAGCCGAAGUAAAACAGACGGACCGCUCCAAACGUGCAUUUAGAAAUACGCAACGUACACCGGAAAUGAACUAGUGGUAAUUCACUAUUUUCUCUUUGUUCACGAAACGUCUAAACAUGAAUGAUCGUGUUCAUAUUUUUCGUGGGCUUUUUCGUCGUAUUUAUUGUUGUAUGUUACGUCACCAUGUAGAGACAUGUUCGAAGAGCUAAAUGUUGAGCGUACGCUUCAUCGGAGUAAGUGCGACUUAGGGACAAAUUUAACCUUUUCGACGCCGUGUCAAACACAAAAGAUGUCACUCGGACGCCACGUCACCGAAGUGUCAAAACUGAAAUUGAACUUUAUGCACCUGCGCGUACGUCUAUGUUGCUCUGUGGAUUGUGACGGAUUAAUCCGUCUUAAGCGUAGGACCUGCGGUUCGGAUAUAUCCGUCGUUGGCGUCCAAAAGGUUAACUAAUCAGAAAUACAUUUAAAUAGUAAAAGUAUCUUAACUUAAUAAACUUUUCUUGUAUGCGUUGAAACGUUGAAGUCUACGUUAAAGAUAUGUUUACACUUUUGCGCCUUACUCCUUUGUAAUAAGGCGAAAAAUGUUAACAUCUUUGACGUCGACUGUACUUUCAUAAUCUAUGUAUAUUUGCUGGCCGAUCAUAUCUCUGCUUGGUAAAAAUUCGCGAUCUAAUUGUUGUAUUAAAAUCAUUUCAAUGAACAAAUAUUGCGGCAUCAAGAAAUCUACUAAUAUGUAAAUUUUCCGACGGCAAACUGUGUUGUUUGUACAUUAAUAGCUGUUGCGGUCAGUGGACAGCCAAAUUGACAAGAGGGCUGUGUGUGUAAUCGUAAUAUCGAUAAUUAUUGCUUAUUUAUGACUUACAAAGAUAAUUUUCUAAUAGAAUAACGGGCUGCUUGCAAAAGCAGUGUAACACAAAAAGUCGCAUUUUUAAGUCUAGGUAUUCUGUCUAGGUUAUAAAGUACAACAUUACUUUUAGUAUUGUCCCAAAUUAUUCAUAAGUGUAAAGAGCUGAUCACAAAAUAAAUGAUAGCUUUUACUUUACCUUUUGUAUUACCAAAGAGAAAAGAGUGUAUAGAGAGUUACUGUCAUGGUAAAUAAUAUAGCCACAGUACAUUUACUGCCAUCUUUCGGCAGAAGCCGGCGUGACUCACUCCGCGAUUUCGUCGCUUUACCACAGGUAGCUAAAAGUACAUCCGUUCCACACCAAUUUUGGUGGCUAGCCAUAAGCCGCGCGUGGUGCUGUCGCCACCUAGCGGCCAUACCUGUCCUGAUCGUAACAGACGCAUUUUGUUAGAGAGUGAGUCUUCUGUACCUAGUACUAUUAUUUAUUCUGUGGCAGAAGAUUAAAACUGUUAGAACGCCAUUUGACUUUAAUCCUUAUUCUUUCACUGAUAAUAUGUGUUAAUUUGUUAAAUAUUGAAAUUAACGCCAUCUACUCGACAGUAGGCCAAAGGUUAUGGCGCCAUCGCUCGAAAAGAUUGCACCAUACCUUUGGCCUACUCUACUCUGCCUAAUAAUCAAAGUGAAAUGGCGUUCUAACAGUUUUAAUCUUCUGUCGAAAGAUGGCAGUAAAUUUACUGUGGCUACAUAAUUUACUUUGACAAUCCGCCUCUUUUUCAAAUUCUCUUCGGUAUUACUAUACUACAUACACCUAGCGAAGAUUGUGAAACAAUUAAAAUUGUGUUACGCUGCUUUUCAACGUCACUUUGUUUUGAGUAUAUCGUAUUAUAUUUUAGUGUUAAGCAUCGCCAAUACAAUUAAAUUAUUAAGUUGAUUGCUAAUUUUAUAAACAUUUUAAAUAAUGUGAGCUUAAUGAUGCUUUAAUGUUCUACAAAGUCUAAUUGAAAUUAUGUUUUACGUCGGGUCGCGGUGGCUCUUAUACUUAAACACCUGUUUGUUUUUCUCUACUUAUGUUACGAUAAGCCUCAGAAAAUGAUUUUCAAUGCGGUGAAAAGUUUCUGAUUAAUAAAGGUCAAUCGGGGCAAGUACCUUUAAUAAUAAAUAAGGAAAAUAGGGCAAGUAAAUACCCUUUCCCUUAUCAGUUAAAAAUGCCCCAUUGCUGUAAUUGCCCCGACUAUUAUUUUAUGGAAUUAUUAAGUUCAUCAAAGUGCGAUUUUAGUAUUUAUGUAAAUUAUUUUUUUACCUGCGCACUUUAUGAGCUGAGCCUUAUUAGAUUUUAUUACGUUAUAGAAUGCCCUUGUAACCUAGUAAUAUGUAAGAUAAAGGGGUGUUCACAUUAGUUUUUGCUUUAUCAUUUGUAUCCACAGUUAACAUAUUUUUGGCAAUUAUGUGAACAUUCCAAAGCGAACUGUCUAAACUAAAUGUAAAUAUUUUCUAUCUUUAAUUUAUAUAUGUUCAUGUAAAUUAGGACUACAUAUAGCACUUGCUGUUUAUUAGUAAUAAUGGUUGAAUACCAUUCUGUGUGGAUUUGGUAGGUUUGAACUGAUUAAUAUAAAUCAUUCGGUUUAGCCUAGUUUUGAUAUAGUAAAUAUAAAGAAUGUUAAAGAGCAAUCCGCAAUCUGUUCCUCAUUUUUUUUUACUGACACCUAAAGCCGCUAAAUCUUAAGUAAUACAUUAUAUUUUACAAACCUAAAAUUGGGGAACCGUGAAUCACCAUAUUAUGAGCUAUCGAAUUGAUAUAGUCAUAUGAAAUAUCGUAUUAAACUUUCAUACUUUUUAUUAGAUACACCUGUAUUUCGGAUUAUAGUUAAGACCCCUUUUUUUGUAAACUAGAUAGUGUCCUAAACUAACCCAAUAAUAACUUUUAUUACAAGUAGUAAAAAAUAGACAAUUACCCAUAUUCAUUGACGUAUAUCUCAGGACUGGCCAUACGGGCAAUAAGAAUGGGGCCUGUACAGCGGUGCUACAACGCGAUUGGUUGACGAGUUCGCAUCACGCGCGCGAUUGUUCGCAACUAGUUGCGUUAGACUGCACGAUUGGCUCGAAUUCGCGAGUGACACCGCUUAACUAUAGUACCAUUUUUAGUGCCCGUAAGGCCCGUCCUGACAUAUACGUCAAUGCCCAUAAUGACAAUCGGCCUUAAUACCCAUGUUCCGAGUAGAUUUCAUGGUAGCACAAGACAUCAUAUAGAUAUUGUUGUAAAAAGAAAUAGCUUAGGAGUUUUCUUUUAAGCCUUACUAGUCAUCUGACUACACAAUAGACGCAAUAACACACCUAGCGCGGUAAAUUAAAUAGUAACUAACUUCGGCAAACGUAUACCCAGAAGUUUUCUUUUUGACCGGUGUGUUCCUACAGAAUUGUGUCCCCUUGUGGCUGUAGAGGGUCGUAAUGGUUGCCUAGUAACCGCACCGGUAUGUGACCGAGACAACGCUAUCCACGUAUAUAACGAUGUCCCACUCACACGCCGCACCCAAUGUGAAGACCGCCUUACGGCCCUAGGUAAUGUAAAAGUUAUAUGAACCGUUUUCCUGUAUCAGUGCAGUAAUGCCCCAAUGUUACUUGUUGAUAUUAAUUUAGUUUCGGCGAAAACCCACAGCCACUAUAAAACAGGAAAGGAUACAACCAAUUAAAUGAAGUAUCUAAUGGAGGCUUGUUAAAUAUGUAUGUCUAUGCCGAGUUGAUAGAUUACCUUCUACCUUCUAUAAAUAUUCAUGUAAUUCGGGGUAUUACUGCGGGCAUGUAUCUGGGCCUAGAAUGUAAAUUAUUGUAACCGUCCUACCCAGAAGAAGGCGGGUCUAUCUGAAUGUUUAACUGUUUUGUAACUUAAGUCAUGUUAUAUACUUAUGAUUAAUAAAUAUAGUUUCAAUUAAA